UCCGUUCUCUCCUUCCUAUAUCUAUUCAUCGUUUUCAUUUCCCUCGUUUAGCAGUUUUUCCUUUCUCACUAACUAACACUCCUUCCAUUCCUUCAUCAUGUCUGAUCUCGCCACCGAUCUUCCCGCUGCCGCCGCCGCUCUUAGUGCUGAAGAUCGUGCUGGUCUCGUCAAUGCACUCAAGUAUUACUAUCACGGACGUAUUAAUUUUGAUAAGCUUCAGCUCUUGGCUGGCGAGCAUGUCGACGUCUUGCAGACACUCUCAACCAAAGUCAGGCAACGCGUUGAGGUUCUCAAAGUUUUGCAGAGCCAACAUGACGAAUUGGAGACUAAGUUUUUAGAGGAGCGAGCUCAGUUGGAAGCUAAAUACCAGAAGCUUUAUGAACCACUUUACACAAAGAGGUAUGAGAUUGUCAAUGGCGUCAUUGACGUUGAAGGAAUUACAGCUGAAGAUGCACUGGGAGAAGAAAACAAAGCUGAUGAAGAGAAAGGAGUGCCCAACUUCUGGCUAACUGCAAUGCAGACUAAUGAAACACUGGCUGAAGAGAUCAAUGAACGUGAUGAGGAAGCUCUCAAGUAUCUCAAGGAUAUAAAGUGGUGUAAAAUUAACAAUCCUAAGGGUUUCAAGCUAGAGUUUUAUUUUGAUUCUAAUCCUUACUUCCAAAAUUCUGUUCUAACAAAAACAUAUCACAUGAUUGAAGGUGAUGACCCUAUAUUAGAGAAAUCAAUAGGAACGGAAAUUGAGUGGCAUCCAGCAAAGUGCUUAACACAAAAGAUUCUUAAGAAGAAGCCAAAGAAAGGAUCAAAAAGUGCCAAACCAAUCAUCAAGACAGAAGAAUGUGAAAGUUUCUUCAACAUUUUCAACCCUCCCCAGAUUCCUGAGGAUGAUGAUGAUAUUGAUGACAAUGUUGUUGAAGAGCUUCAAAAUUUGAUGGAACAUGAUUAUGACAUUGGUUCUACAAUCCGAGACAAAAUUAUUCCUCAUGCUGUGUCAUGGUUCACGGGAGAGGCUGUACAGAGUGAUUUUGAGGACAUAGAAGAUGAGGAAGAUGGUGAUGGGGAUGAAAAUGAAGAUGAGGAAGAUGAUAAUGACGAUGAGGAUGAGGAUGAUGAAGAGGACGAGGAUGAUGAAGAUGAUGGGGAAGAAGAAGAGGAAGGGAAGGGAAAGAGCAAGAGUGGUGGCAGAGCCCAAACCGGUAAAGAUCAGCCAACAGAGCGCCCUCCUGAUUGCAAGCAGCAGUAGUGUUUAGUUGUGCAACAACAGUCCUGGAUAUAUUUUCUGUUAGCGGUAUAAUUACUGUAGAGUCUCUGGGUUAUUUUAGUCAUAAGCUGCCGUUUUACAUUACUAUUGUCCGGUCUCUUCUUCCUGUCUUUUUUUUGGGGCCUAUGCUUGGGAUUCUUGGGUUACUUUGUGUUGCCCAUUGACAUUGCUAUUACUUCUCUCUCUCUUUUUUGGGGUUUUAUAAGAAAGUGAUGAGGAUCUGUGUCAUUGUCCAUAUUAAUAUGAAACUAAUUUCAUUCGAUUGCUAUUAUAUGAAACUGUUCAGAUCAUUUCAAUUGCUAU